UCCAUUUCUGAACUGCCAGACAAGGUAUCAUUACGAACAGGACCUCUAGGAAGACUAUCGAAAGUCAAAGCACCACGUGAAUCAAAUAAGAUCACAACAAGAGUAGGCAGUAGUUUUGGCGGUAAUCAUUCUUUGGAAUGGUGUCAACCGCCUCGAAAUAUUCUUCUGAUCAAGAAACAGAACGAUAGGAAGACAACAGAAGCUAUGCGAAACAUAAUACAAUACCUCCAUGCAAAGUAUACCGAUAUCAACUUAAUCAUUGAAGGCGGAAAGGAUGAUGGAGUUGAAGCAUUUUCAGAUCUUGCCGACAGAUUGGUUUGCAUAGACCCGAAAGACCAUACUCUUUUGGCGGAUAAGGUGGAUUUAUGCAUCACUUUGGGAGGAGAUGGCACGAUCUUGCACGUCUCAAGUUUGUUCGAUCGGUCCGCCGUUCCUCCCGUUUUGAGUUUUUCGAUGGGAACGUUGGGUUUCCUUUUGCCUUUCCAUAUAGACGCAUUCCAAACCGCAUUCGAGGAUGUGAUAAAUUCAAAAAGUUCAUUGCUGCUUCGAAUGCGGUUACAUCAAACCAUGCACGAAAAGGAUGGUACGCCAGUGAAAGAUGAAGGAAAGGGAACAAGUCGAACCGACGUUCAUUUAAUGAACGAAGUUGCAUUACAUCGUGCAAGUUCUCCGCAUAUGACAAUGAUUGACGCUUUUGUGGACGGUCGUCAUUUGACUCAAGCGAUUUCUGAUGGUUUGAUCAUCGCAACGCCAACGGGAUCAACAGCAUAUUCACUUUCGGCCGGAGGACCGAUCGUUCAUCCAUCCGUACAAUCACUCGUUCUAACGCCAAUCUGUCCGAGAUCCUUGAGUUUUCGAACGGUUCUCUUGCCGAGCGAUGCAAAUAUCCAAUUAAAAGUCUCUAAACGAUCAAGAACGGCUGCUCAAAUUAGCGUAGAUGGAAGAGAUGCACAAACACUAUUACCCGGACAAUAUCUGCAAGUUGGCAUGUCACCUUAUCCGAUCCCAUGUGGCUCAAUAGGUGCCAGCAAUAACGAACCUCAAUUGAUCGAAUCGGAAUCUAGUGAUUCUUUCGAGGAUUGCCAUUUUUCACAUUCCGAACGUGGAGAGGAUGAUUGGGUAGGUGAUAUAAAUACUUUGUUGCGCUUUAAUGCAAGCUUUUCCGGUAGAGGAUUAUUAGGUGGCAAUGGUGCAUUUGAAGAAAUGGAA